AUGGAAGCGCAAGCGUGGAAGACGGGCGGAUAUCUUACGGCUCCACCGGGAACUUUGACGAGGCACUGGGAGAGUCGGAAAGCAUUCGUCCAGGCACUAUGGCAAGCACCACCAGAGGUGAUCAUCGAAGACAGAGAGGUCGCCGUGAAACGUCAUGAUCAGAUCCUAGCGAUAGACUGGAGGGAAAGACCCGCGAUUCUGUACACCGACAGGAGCGGUAUUGAGGGAAGGAUCGGAGCGGCGGCGAUCGUAGAUCUCGAGGACCAACAUACUCAUAGCCAGAUGGGCGACGAGAAUACGUCUACUGUGUACGCAGCAGAGCUUCGUGUAAUCGAGAUGGCGCUCGCAUUGGUUCUGGAAAGCACAGAGCCGUGGGCUAAACAAGCAAAGAACAGGCUAAUCAUCUUUGCAGACAGCCAAGCGGCACUAAAGGCACUCGGCCGACCGCGUAUGCCGUCGGGGCAUGUCUAUUUGGCAGGAUGCCUUGAACUUAUUCGCCAGCUCGCUGAUAAAGGCAUUCGGACCGAGCUCAGGUGGAUUCCUGCUCACCAGGGAGUGAUCGGUAAUGAGAUCGUUGAUCAACAAGCCAAAGAAGCCGCCUAG